UUUCUCUUCUCCUGAAAGUGAAAUAUUUGCGCGAACAACAUUUACCUUACAUUCCACUAUAGUAGUCUCUCAGUCCUCUGCAUCGUGGGACUGAAUUAGGGAAUUGUUAUCUGUUUGGUAAUUAUUAUUUGUGUUACCGCGUCAGUAAGUUAAAAAACGCACAAUGUUUGAGGCAAGGCUAGUUCAAGGUUCAAUCCUCAAGAAGGUUUUGGACGCUCUUAAAGACCUCAUCACAGAGGCGUGUUGGGAUGUCAGUUCAUCGGGGAUUUCGCUCCAGAGCAUGGACUCCUCUCAUGUGUCUUUGGUGCAGCUCACCCUCAGAAGCGAUGGAUUCGACUCUUACCGGUGCGACCGUAACCUUGCAAUGGGAGUCAAUUUAAGCAGCAUGUCAAAGAUUCUGAAGUGUGCGGGUAACGAAGACAUCAUCACCCUGCGUGCCGAGGACGAUGCCGACACUCUGGCCCUUGUGUUUGAGACCCUCAACCAGGAAAAGGUCUCUGACUACGAAAUGAAACUGAUGGACUUGGAUGUGGAACAGCUUGGCAUUCCAGAGCAGGAGUACAGCUGCGUGGUGAAGAUGCCGUCCGGAGAGUUCGCCCGCAUCUGCAGAGACCUGUCUCAGAUCGGAGACGCGGUCAUGAUCUCCUGUGCCAAGGACGGCGUGAAGUUCUCCGCCAGCGGAGAGCUGGGCACCGGGAACGUCAAACUGUCUCAGACCAGCAACGUGGAUGAAGAGGACGAAGCGGUGACGAUUGAGAUGAACGAGCCGGUACAGCUCAUCUUCGCUUUGAAUUAUCUGAAUUUCUUCGCCAAAGCCACCCCUCUGUCCAAGACCGUGACGCUGAGCAUGUCCGCCGACAUUCCGCUGGUGGUCGAGUAUAAGAUUGCUGACAUGGGCCACAUCAAAUACUACCUGGCGCCCAAGAUCGAUGAGGAGUCCUCUUAAUCCCUCCCGU